AUGGAGGACUCGAAGGCCAAACAACCCUUUCUCUCCUCCUACGCGGAAGGGGGUCAAAAUGAAGAGAUCGAAGCAGCGGACCUCGAUCUGGAGAAAGCAUCGGAAUCCUCUACAGCUCGCUGGACAACGGUUCAGUGUGUCCUCUACUUCCUCUUGGUGGUGGGAUGGCUCCUGGCAAUCACUCUCUGGUUUCGGACAGCACCCGUGCAGACCGCAGACCGCAAGUCCCCCCUGCCGGCCUCGGUGUUCAAGACCGUCAAACGCAGCUUUCAGAUGGAUGGGCGCUAUGUUGGACCGUCCGAGGAGACGAACGACCACUGGGAGGCUCUGAUCGCCGCUCACGACGUUCUCUAUAUGACCGAGCAGGAGCAACGGGACUACAAUCUGCCGCCGGGAAUGCCGUCGCCCUACUACCACCCCAAUCGACCGAGUCCACCCCCACAAGAUUUCUACGUCUUGUCCAUCAUGCACCAGAUGCAUUGCUUGAAUCACAUUCGCGCCCACUACUGGCAGAUCAAGACCGGCGGGCCCAGCACGCCCCAAUACACCGAGAAGAAAUGGAACGUGCAUAUCAACCAUUGCUUUGAGUACCUACGACAGAGUGUCCUCUGUGGCAAUGCUAUUUUUGAGAUUGAAGGAUAUACACCGCUGUUUGUUCCAGACGAGGGCGUGGCAACGACGGUGUCUGGCUGGGGGGUGGAGCAUGAAUGUGUCGACUAUGACGCUAUUAGUCGUUUUCAAAUCGAUCGCGAGCGCCAGUACAAUCGCACCUGGUUUGAUUAUUGA